AAUAAGUUGGAUUAUUAGCAGUAGAUAACGAUACAGUACAAUUAAGACCGUAGCUUAGCUUAUAAUUAGCGAUCAUCCUUGUUCCCUGGUUGGUAGCCGGGUCUCAGGGUCCCGGGAAAACUCUAUCUAUUCGCGAGAUGCCAGCGACGAGGGUCAAUUUCCAGUAACGCUCCGGGCUGUAGAAACACCGAGCCAAGUACAAGUAUUCUGGGAGAUCGAGACCGAGACCGAGACCGAGAUAAAGAUAGAAAAUAAGUAAACCGGGAAUGAGUGGGAUAAAGAGAACUGUAGUGGUAGUAGUAGUAGUAGUAGUAGUAGAAUAUAGGAAAUGGUGAGCUUGCGGCACGUACUACGUACCGAUUUUACUUUUUGCUUAAUUAGUAUUUCGAACGAGAAAGCACGAUCACUGUACAGAAGUCGGCUGCCUAGCCGUGAAUUGGCCUCUUCCUCUACAGAUAUAUUAUAUAGUAUAUAGAGUACUGUAUCCACAUCUCCGUUCUUUAUCAGUCCUCAGCGGAUCUAGUUCUCUCACUUAUUCAGUCUGAGACUUCUCCAUCGUCCUUAUCCUCAUUCCCCUCCUUCACCGCUGAAUUCCUCUCAGUACUCAGUACAGUACCAUCACCUCAAAACAUUGAAUCGGGGGAUUUUAGUCGACAGGCUAACUUUGCACAGUGAUAGUCUGAUAGUAGUAGUAGUAGUACCAGCAACUUACACAUUUGAAAGAGCGCUAAUUUUAGUUACUUAAUAAUUAACAAUGGACCAGGAAAUAUUCCACCAGAUCAUAAUCGGCCUGGUUUGUAACCUGCUAAUUAUUGAUUGCGGACUGCACGAAGGAUGGCCAACAGUAACGCUCCCAAAAUUUGGAACCGAAGACCCAGUGACUUUGACAUCUAAUCAAGAAGUCCUUUUGAUCAAUUUGCUGUACCUGGGCGUCAGUUUGGGAGCACUAUCUCCGAUAUUCCUGAUGGAUCGUUUCGGACGGAAAUGGACCCUACUGUCAGCAGCGGUGCCCAAAAUAUUCAGCUGGAUAGCAAUUGGGUUGGCAAACACACACACGACCCUCUAUUGCGCGCGUUUGCUUGCGGGAAUUGGAUGCGGGAUAACUUACUCAGUGAUGCCGAUGUACAUAGGGGAAAUUAGCAGCAAAAGAACUCGCGGCCCUUUAGGAACAUUGCAGUCCGUGUUGAUAAACAUCGGGAUCCUCUUUAUCUAUACAAUCGGACUUUAUGUGACGAGAUUCGCGAUGGCGAUGAUGUCCCUGGUGCUCCCGGUCCUCUUUAUCAUUACUUUCGUCUGGCUGCCGGAGAGCUCGGUGUAUUUAACCCGGAAAAACAGGCUGACUUGCGCUGAAAAAACGCUGCAGUGGUCCCUGGGGAAGCAAAAUGUCGAACAGGAGCUCGAAGAAGUGAAGCGAAUUGUCAAAACUGAGGAAGACGUCAAAGCGAUGGGAUUUUUCAGCUCCCUUGUCAAGGCAAUGAAGUCCCCGGCUAACAAAAGGGCUGCGCUGAUCAUGCUGAUAUUAGCGAGCGUGCUGUCGCUUACUGGGGCAGGCGCGAUAAUGACUUAUCAAUCAUACAUAUCCGAGGAGGCUGGCUUUCAUUUGGGAACUAAUUUGGGGAUAAUAACCACGGGGGUUGCCAUUGUUUUGGCGGGAAUGGCUUGUGUUUCACUUGUCAGAACCACCGGAAAGCGAAGAUUACUUUUAUUAACUGCCCCGCUCGCAGUACUUUGUCUCGGAACAAUAGCCACCUUUUUCACACUUAUUGACUUUGGAUACGAUGUCAAGGCUGUUAAUUGGAUACCCACGGUGUUUGUGGUCUUGUAUGUUAUUAUUUAUGGACUCGCGUUUAAUCCAAUGCCCCUGGCUUACUUGGGGGAAUUGUUCACCUUUGAUUUUAAAGUCACUGCCGGUAUUUGCUCGUCCAUUUAUUAUGCUAUCACGACAACUGGAAUUAUUAAACUUUAUCAGAUUUUACACGACGAUUACGGAACACACGUGGCAUUCUGGGCGCUCACAGUCAUAACUUUCAUACUGUGGAUCCUGAUGUACAUAUUCGUGUUGGAGACUGAAGGAAUGACUCUAGAAGAGAUCCAACUCGCGCUAACCGGGGAUUUCGUAAAACAAAAUUUGUCCAGAAGACAAGAAAGUUUUGAGUCUGUCAACAAAAUAAAUCUAACUAGCGUCAAAUCGACGAACUAACUCGCCUGUUAUUACAUUCAUACUGAUUAUUUUGUACCGUUUUAUACAAAUAUUUUUACAAAUGUUGAUCUUAAUAAACAAUUGUUCAUUAAACCGAA